GGUAGUUAAAAGCUAAUCGUAUCUAAUACAUAGAUACGAGCUUUGUGAAAUUUUGUUCUAUCCUGUAAAAUUUUAUUGCUUGAUACAUCAAUGCUUGUUAUCUAUAAUCCUUGAAGUGUUUUGUUUUGGCCAUAUAUUGUUAUUGAAUGGAAUAUUAAAUUAAUAUCUUCCGAGUUAUUUUGUUGUCACCAGCACAGCAAGGAGUCUUUCACAAUGGCGGUGCUUGCAGCUGCUCAGCUCUUGGACGAGUUGAUGGGACGACAUCGUAAUACUAAUCCAAAUGAAAAAAUUAAAAAGCCAAACUGGGAAGAUUCUGAGUAUUGCAAGUACUAUUUGGUGAAAUUUUGCCCCCAUGAUUUGUUUGUGAAUACAAGAGCUGAUCUCGGAGUUUGCCCUAAAGUUCAUGAUGAUGAAGUUAAAGAUUUAUUCGAGAAGGCAGAACCAUCCUAUAAGAAGGCACAAUAUGUUGAAGAAUUCUUACGAUUCUGUAGGCACAUGAUUAAUGAUGUUGAAAGAAAGAUCCAAAAAGGCAAGCAGAGAUUAGAACUAAUGAAUUCUAAACCUGAAGGUCCACCUAUGACCCAGGCUCAAACUGAAAAAAAUCAGGAACAAGUUGAGCUGUUGUCAGAAAAGGUUAAGUCCUUAGUUCAGGAGGCGGAGGAGGCGGGAACGCGGGGUGACGUUGAACAGGCACAGGGUCUCAUGAAGCUGUGUGAUCGGUUAAAAGAAGAAAAAGAUCAGUUAUUGAAACAACAGGAGAAUAGCCACUGGUCCAUGACUGUGGAGCUGGCUGCAGCCCAAGAGAAGCAAAUGGAGGUGUGUCCUGUAUGCGGUGCUUUCCUGAUUGUGGGCGACGCUCAGCAGAGAAUUGACGACCACCUGUCCGGGAAACAACAUGUUGGGUAUCCCGAUCUGGGGGAAAUAAAAAAUGGUCACGUUAGGGAUGCCCAGCAAAGGAUUAUUGAUCACCUCUCAGGAAAACAACACAUUGGAUACUUCAAACUGCGUCAAGCCUACGAGGAAAUGAACGAAGCUCGCGAAAAAGAAUUGCAAGAGAAAGAGAGGAAACGUCGUGAAGACCGAGAUAGGGAUAGGGGUUCCCGCGGAGGGGGUUUGGGCUCUGACAGACGCGACCGGGAGAGGAUGGAGCGGGACCGAGAUGAAAAGGACCGGAAAGACCGGGACAAGGACGACAAGGAUCGUAAAGACCGAGACAGAAGCGACCGCGACAGGGAACGAGACAGGGAUAAGGAUAAGGAUCGUCAUCGCUCGAGCCGCGACGACCGCAGCAGCCGGCACGAGGAGCGGGACCGCGACCGCGACCGCCGCCACCGCAAGGACAGACGAUCGUCCCGCGACCGCGACCGCUCUCGCCGCCGCUCCCGCUCCCGCCACUAACUGACUGAGGUAUCACAAAAGCGCCACAAACCGUUGGAAGGAAAAGGAUCAAGAUUCGUCGCCGCGACUGCGAUCAAAGAGGUACUUUAUGAAAUAAGUCCGCCCGAAGACCACAGCCUCAAGCGAUCCUGCGCAGUCCACGGUUUCGAGGUGACAUAGAAUAGUCACAUUAUGUAUUAGGAUACUGUUAGCUUAUUCCAAAAUGUUUAAUGAUCAAUGCAUGUAUCUAUAAGUUCGUCUCAAAACGAACGUGUCGUUACUGCUUAGAAUGUUAGAAGUUGCAAAUGUAUCUACCUCGGCAAAAUGUCCGAUCCCUAGAGAAGUCUUAUAAAACUGUAUACCGGUUCCAUCUAUGGAGUUAUUCAGGUAUUUAUUAUCCAAUUAUUUUCUCUCAUAAUAAUAAUGUUAUUGUGAUUUUUUGCCACGUAUUAUUUGGAAGUGUGAACUUUAUAAGGCUUAACUUAAAAAUAAAAUGACAAUUUAAUAAAAUUGUUUUUCUUCAUUGUA